GAACAUCUCUAGGCUAGUGCUAGGUUAGCAGAUUGGAUUGAUUAUCUGCAGGCAUCUCGUCUGCAAUGAACAUAUGAAAAGGUGACGGAAGCUCCUACCUCUCGCGGGACAUUCCUGUUCUGAUGUUGCUGGUUUCGGGUCUUGUGACUUUCGUCUCUCGUUCAUGCUACACUCACUUAUCUCGUGUUAAUGUCCCUGUCUCGCUCUUGACGGCAAGGUUGCGGCUGUCUUCAAUGUAACAGGAGAAUGCGGACCUCAUUCUUUUCUUUCGUACUUAUUCCGACUUUCUCUGUCUUGGGGGCUGCUUACUCGUUGACGGAUGCAUUGGGUGACCUCCCCAGUUGCGCGGUCACAUGCCUCGUGAAGGCCGCCGGAGAAUCAACUUGCGCCACAGUCGAUACAGCUUGCCAAUGCGCAAGUGAAAAAUAUGUCGCCACCGCCGAGGCUUGUGUCCUGACCAGCUGUACCGUUAGGGAAUCUCUGGUGGCCAAAAAUGUGACCCAGACGCUGUGUGGUGCACCCAUUCGGGACAAGCGAGUCGAGUACAACGUUGUUUCAUGCACCCUGAUUAGUAUCGCAGCAGUGGUUGUCCUCUUCCGGCUUGGCUACAAGAAGUUCUUCACAUCCAACGACCUCGGCCUCGACGACUGGCUCAUCCUUCUCACGCUAAUCAGCUGCAUCCCGUCUUCCGCUCUCAACGUCGCAAUGGCCAAUUACGGACUUGGCAAGGACAUAUGGACCCUAACCCCGGACAUGAUCACGAGUUUCGCUAAGCUAUUCUACAUCAUCGCUAUCCUCUACUUCUCCGAAGUCUUCUUGCUCAAGCUCUCCAUGCUGUUCUUCUACCUCCGCAUUUUCCCCGGCGCAAGGCUCCAACGAGUUAUAUGGGGCACCAUUAUUUUCGACGUCCUAUUCGGCAUCUCUUUCGUCUUGGCGGCAACAUUUCAAUGUACCCCGAUUAGCUACAACUGGACCAACUGGAGUGGAGAUGGCGAGGGCAAGUGUGUCAACAUCAACGCCAUUGCGUGGGCAAACGCAGCCAUUUCCAUCGCUCUGGACUUGUGGAUGUUGGCUUUACCUCUUUCCCAGCUACCGAGUCUGGAUCUCCACUGGAAGAAAAAAGUCGGCGUGGGCAUCAUGUUCUGCGUCGGGACUUUCGUCACCGUGGUCAGCGUCAUCCGCCUGACCUCCAUCGUCGAAUUUAGGGGGUCUUCUAACCUGACUUGGGACUAUUGGAGCGUAUCUCUCUGGUCAACUGUUGAGAUCGCCGUGGGUAUCAUCUGCGCCUGCAUGCCGUCCAUUCGCCUUGUCCUCGUCCGCAUCUCCCCCAAAAUCUUCGAUGGAAACAAGGCUCGCCACAUCAGCAGAUUCUAUCCCAGGAAGAGCCAGGGCGGCACCCGGAGCGACGAUCGUUCCAAGAAUAGGUCGUCCGCCUGCCUUAGAUACUAUACCCGCUCACGGCGGUCCGGUCUCCAUGAUGAGUCCUUUGCCCAGUAGUCCCGUGUACUCAGGCUACUGUGACGAGACGGGAUUGAUGCCAACAUACCAUGUUGAAAUAUCCGCAACGCCACGACCGCCGACAAGGUUAUCUAGCAGGUUCUCCCUCAAACUGAGCUCUCGGGACCGUGAACACCUGUCGUCGAUGUCUUCCCUGUCGUCGGUGUAGGGGAUGGGAAUUUCUUCGAAUGACGUUAUGAGGGCUAUAGUUUUCUUGUUUAGGCAGGAGAUCGCUGCAGACGAGAUACGAAAAGAACGAAGAAUUGAAUACUACUAAGUUACAUUAACU